AUUGGACAUUGCCUCACAAAGCCGAGUAUUAAGGCCAACAUUGGUCGACAUCAGGCAGCAAAAAAAUGGUCGCAUGGGCUGGAAUCAUUGGUGCUGCCCUCUUCGGCCGCGCGGCCGCGCAGGUCGGCUCGUGGCAGACGCUCGCCGGCUAUAUGUCGGCCUCGGACGUUGAGCAGCACUCGAAGAUCGACCUCGACAUGCAAGAGUUUGAAGACAAGGUCGGCGAGUACGACACCAACGCAAACUGGAUCACCGAGGCCAUGUUUAUCUACGAGAACGGCGGCAACGGCCUUUGCGUGACCGCCAACGAGAACGGCAUCGGCUGCGAGGUGGGUUGGCCCCGGGGCAAUUCCCUCAAGGCCACCUCGAUCCGCACGCUCAAGGGCUUCGCGAUCAAGGAUUACUCGACGGACAAACUCACUGGCGCGGAUGGUGGCAAGUACGGCGAGCAGUUGCCCCCGAUCUACACGGCGUACUGGGCGGCCAACGGCUACAGCGCGACGGAAGCCGCCUUUUGGGCCGAUACGUUCAUCACGAAGGACUACUCCGCGAUAUCCAAGGACAGCGGGACGAACCAGCUGAUUAAGAAGGGCGCCAACUACCAGGCGGUCUGGAUGUACGUGAUCCACGAGCUCGAGGACGCCAUUGGCGACUGCUUCGCCGGCGACAUCACCGCCAACGACGGCACCCCGACCGGCGGCGCGCCGCACGCGUGGGACGAGGCCUGGGCCUUCUACGCCGGCUCUCAGGUCGCGGCGACGGCGGCCGACUCCGUCGUGGACGACGGUACGCUGAUCUGGGAGCUCGCGGAGAAGCGCGGCAAGGAUUUCGGCACCACAUACGCCACUGGCCCCGCCACGGUGAAUGUCAAUCUCCUAGCCAAAUUUAUUGAGGGCCGCGAUCGCAUCAUUGCUGGCCAGUGCCUCGAGGCCGAGCCCAUCGUUGAUGAAAUCAUCAAGCAGAUGUCGAUCCCGCUCAUCCAGGGCACGCUCAAGUACGCGUACCAGGCGGACCCGGCCAACUCCGCCGGCGAUUGCGCCGGCGAUGCCGGCAAGAACGCCCUGACCGCUACCGACGGUUGCGUCAAGUCGUGGGCCGAGGGCUGGGCCUUCGCCGCGGCCAUUCUCCCGCGGAUCGACCAGUGCUCCUCGACGGCGGCGGCCACGAUCAAAACGAACAUCGACAUCGCGGCGGCGACGCCGAUGGCGGGCGGCUUCGCGGCGGUCCAGUCGGCGAUCGAGUCGACGUACGCGUGCCUGGGCAUCACGUGCGCCGACGUCGGCACGCGAAGCGGCUUCGCGGCGUGCAUCGACCCAACCAACAACGACUGGGGAACUGGAAAUGGCUGGUGCAUGUCUGACCUCGACAAAAUGAUUGGCAGCACGUCAGAUGCCGGCGCCUGCUGGACAAUGUGCGAGAAUACGUAUGGCUCCGACCUCGUGGCCAUCGACUGGACGCCGGACGGGGAUUGCUACUGCCAAGACGCCUGCGAGUGCAUGGACGACACGGAGGACAGCGAUCAUCACGUCAUCACGUCGAGCGCCGUCGCAUCGCUUCCCAACGAGUGCGUGUCGGCGUGUCCCGCGGAAGAGACGGCUUUCCAAGACUGCGCCAGCAAGCAACGAAGCCUCGACGACGACUUCUUUGCCGACGACGACGGCGACAACGACGACAACUUUUCGCCGAAUACCUGCGCCGACGUACAGCAACAUCUCUCGAACGGAGAGUGCGAGGGGCCCGCCGUCUGCCAAACGGAGUACCAGGCGUGGGUCGAGUGUCAUUAUGAGGACAUGGCCCAGAGCUUCCUAGGCCUCACGUGCGACUUAUCCUGCUCCGGCAACCUCGGCAGCGACGCCGCUCAGCGAACUACCGCUGCCCUGGGCACCCUCCUCGGCACCACCGUUCUCCUCCUCGCGUUGUGA